GUCAGUGCUGCUGUAUCUGGGAAAUUCAGCAGUGAUCGAACAAUACACGAGUACGCAAAGGAUAUUUGGCACAUUGAGCCUGUUAUUGUGCCAAGACCUGACUUUGCAUAAGGGAAGAAGACAUGGACAUCUGAGAGAGCAUCAGAUAAGCAAGAGGGAACAGGCUCAGAUGUGCAUCGGAUGAGCAAAUGGGGACAGGAUUUGAUGUUGAGGAGAGGUGGUGGGGAGGAGGAGGGAAGUUCCGAGUACUCUGUCAGCCAUUUGCGGAGUGACGGUUACAUGGGACCAGAUUAGAUCGUUUCAGACAGACAUGCCUUCGGCCUCUCGUGGCGAGCGCAGUACGGAACAAAGUGGGGUCAUGGCGGAAAUAGCUUAACGGUAGAGUAUGCAGUGACGCUAUUGCAAAACGGUCUUGGACUGUGGGUCAUUUCUGAAUGACCUGUCUAAUUACUCCUUCCGUCUCGUGGGAAGGAAUGCUGUGCUGUGAGGCUUGUUGUAGAUGAGAGGAAGGAUAGGAGUAGCGAAGAGGCGUAGGAGCAUGGAGAGGAGAGGAGAGGAGAGGAGAGGAGAGGAGAGUAGUAGGCGUAGGGUAGGGAGUUGUAGGAGGGGUGUGCAGCGAGUGCAACGGAGGCUAGGAGGGUGCGCAGGGAAGUGCAACGGAGGCUUGCUUGCAUUGCUAUGGAGGAAUGGGGUUGUUUCAAAUUAUUUGGACUUUGUGCUAGGCAUGGAUUAUAGCCACGAUCCUGUGGAGUUGUCUUUCGAAGGGCGCCGUACAGACGGUGGAUUUGUGAGAAUACUGAUAAGUGCACUGGACUUGUCGUCAAGGGCAAGAAGUACGUUUGCUGCUUAGAGUCAUCAUUCAUGUGACUGUGCAGAUUGUUUAGGCGUAAUGGGCAGUAGGCGGGCCUUGUCCAUACGCACCCUUAACUCUGGGAGGAAGGUGUCCUGUUCUUUGCACGGUAUGUACUUCACCGUGGAAGAAAGGGCUCUAGCACAGCUAUGGGGCAGUGACCAAGGCAAUGCCUACCGUCUUCACCUGAAUAGGAUGCCCAGUCAUUAUCAAUGUAUGCAGACUGAAAACUGCACCAAAUACGGCUAUAAUGACCGGGUGUUCUAUUCGGGUGAAGACGGUAGUAUGGCUAUGACUCUGCAUAGCAAUACAUAGUAUGACUAUGACUAUGACUCUGCAUAGCAGUACAUAGUAUGGCUAUGGCUCUGCAUAGCACCGCCAUGACACUGUGGGUGGAACAGCACACUGCAUCGUACGGCUAUGGCAGUUUUACGCGACGAAAAUUUUUGAGUUGAUCGAUUGAAAGUAGGGCUUGCUGUGACAAAGUGGUUAUGGAAGACAGGGACCAUGGUUGUGCCACAGCACUGCAGAGACGAUCUUUGACCCCUGUACGAGAAAAAAAUAGGCAUUCGUAGCUUAGCUCUCCGGCAGCAGCUGCGUCUGCGGUCAACCUGUAAUAAUCUGUCCUUUUUCUGAGAAGCAUUCUUGUCUGAUGAUGAGUCAUGGAGCGGACAAAAAGGUUGGACAUCUUUGGGGGAUGCGAAAAGCUGGUUAUGUUGGCAUUGUUUCAGAAAUAGGCAUUCUCGACCGAUGGAUUGUGGAGCAGACGAAAAGGUUCGGACAGCUUUGGAUCGUGGUUAUGUUGGCGUUGUUAGAGACGAUGGUUCUUUUCACACGUUGCGAGCUGUGUAACACACUGUCCUUUUGGGAACACCAUUCUCGACCGACGUAUUGUGGAGAAGACAAAAAGCGUCGGACAGCUUUGGAUCAUGGUUAUGUUGGCAUUGUUAGAGAUGGAUGGUUCUUUUCAUGCGUUGCGAGUGGGAGUAUAGAUUCAGCAUCUGUUUUCUCAACAGGAUGCAUUUUUUUUUGUUUUUUUUUUUCCUGUCAGCGGCAUCUUUCUCAACGAGGAUCGCGGAAGGAGAGUGAGCACGGUAGACAGCACUGGAUGAUCGAUGCGCUGGCCUUGUCAGAGUAGAUAGCUCUUUUGUUUUCUGACGUUAAAAAUCGUUGGCAUAUCGAAUGCCUCAUCGGUAUUGUAAUUGACGGCGACUUUCCUGUUAAGUGCCAUUUCAUCACUCCUGCCUGUUCUUUUCCUUUAAAAGUGAAGUACAGCUUCGGAUACAUGCAUGAUGUCGACAGGCUCUCCUCCGAUGCUCCGAGCUGAUGAGCAGAGGCCCAAUGGAUGCCUAUGAGUCUAUGUGAUGGGGUUGGGCAGGCCACAGGCUGAUCUGGUCAGCUAUUGAAUAAUGGCAACCGACUGAAAGCGCCACAGGCGGUUUUCCCAAUCAUGCCACUUUCAUGUGAUGAUGGAUUAUUGAGACUUCUACAAGCUUUCUGUGGCACAACUUUCUGUCGGAACAGAUUAUCACUGCGCUGUGGAAAAGCUAAUGUGACGGUUUCUCCCAUGCCGCGUUGGCCGUAAGUUUUGGAGAAGGAAAAACAAAACUUGCUGUUCGGAAUCGUGUGCCAGAUUGAGCAUUCCACAUUGGGCGCUUCCUCGGUAUGCGUUUUGGACGUACUUUGUUUUUGAAGUUUUUUUUUUUUUUUUUCUUCUUUCCAGUUGGGACUUGUUUGUCACUGUUCGGCGGACUUUUUAUCGACCACUGAUUACGCACUUUCAUUUUUUUUUCAUUUUUUUGAACUGGUUGGUUGAGCAAUGAACUCCUUAUUGUCAC